GGCGGAAUCCACAUUUUGUGGGUGGGAUUUAGCUACCGUCCAUCUUUGGUGUACUGUACAGCCAGAUUGACGAAAAGAAAACAAAAUUUGGAAGUAAAGAAGACUGGGGAAAUAGUUUUAGUUCUAAUUGAAAGAGAAACGAAAAGCCCAAACCCUAGACGGUAUGAGGACAUUGUCGUAGUGAAGCCAUGGCUGAUAAGAGAAAACUCCAAGGUGAAAUUGACAGAUGUUUGAAAAAGGUAGCAGAGGGCGUAGAACAGUUUGAAGACAUUUGGCAGAAGCUUCACAAUGCAGCCAAUGCCAACCAGAAGGAAAAAUAUGAGGCAGACCUUAAAAAAGAGAUUAAAAAGCUACAGCGAUUGAGGGAUCAAAUAAAAACAUGGGUGGCAUCAAAUGAGAUCAAAGACAAAAGGCAGCUAGUGGAUAAUCGCAAGGUCAUAGAGACGCAAAUGGAGCGGUUUAAGGUGGUAGAGCGGGAGACAAAGACGAAGGCCUACUCUAAAGAAGGCCUGGGGCUCGCCCUGAAAGUGGACCCAGCUCAGAGGGAGAAAGAAGAGACGGGAAACUGGCUAACGAAUACCAUAGACACUCUAAAUAUGCAGGUGGACCAGUUUGAGAGUGAGGUGGAAUCCCUCUUCAUUCAAACCAGGAAGAAGAAAGGAGAGAAAGAGAAGCAGGAUCGCAUUGAGGAGCUAAAGAGGUUUAUAGAAAGGCAUAGGUACCACAUUCGCAUGCUGGAGACCAUCCUGCGCAUGCUAGACAACGACUCGGUGCAGGUGGACUCCAUCCAGAAGAUCAAGGACGACGUGGAGUACUACAUGGAGUCGUCACAGGACCCAGACUUUGAGGAGAACGAGUUCAUUUACGACGACCUGGAUCUGGAGGACAUCCCUGCAGCGCUGGUGGCCACCUCUCCAACGGGCUUGGGGAACAUAGAGGAUGAGAUGUUCCUCCACUCGAGCAGCACUCCCACCUCCACCACCUCCUCUUCCCCCAUCCCUCCAUCCCCGGCCACCUGCACUGCUGAGAACUCUGAGGACGAUAAGAAGAGAGGGCGGUCGACAGACAGGGACGUUAGUCAGUCUCCUGCGAAGAACGGCACUUCCUCCUUGUUGUUGUCCUUUUCCUCGUCCGCCAAUUCCGGGUCCUCUUCUUCUUCCUCCUCUCUUGUCUCCAUGGCCGCCGUUGUCGGAGGCAACCCUGGGGUUCCCACAAGCAACAGUCUAAUAGGAAGCUUCAGCAGCGCCGUACAACAACAUCAGCCUCAACCUCCACAGCAACCAGUACUGCAGCCACUGCAACAACCCCAACAACCCCAAACAAAACCUUGCACCCCCAGCCCACCCAGCCACCCCCUUCUCUCCACCGCCCCCUCUCUCCCCACACCCACCACACCCAUCUCAGCCUCCCCAAACUCCCUGCCCCAGGUCUCGCCUGGUCAUAUCCUCAACUCCAGCCUAGGCCUUGGGUUGGGCCUGGGUAAAGUUGGCAUGACGGGGACAAGCAGUGCCAACUCUAUGUCUGGUCUGGGCCUGACUGGGAUGUCUGCCUCUCUGAACACCAUGGCAGGCCUGCUCUCUGGGUCCACCCAUGCCCCUUACGCCCAGGCAGCCUCGUUGGGAGGCCUGGGUCUGAGUACCACUACCCAGUCCAGUGUAACAGUGGAGAGCUCCUCCAUCCCCACCUCUUGCUCCAGUGGAGUGACCACCAACGGGGCUGGGACGGGCCUGGGCCUGCUGGGGUCCAGCCCAGCACACGGCUCCCUGACUGGGGGGAUCCUGGGCCUGGUGCCUGGGCAGAGUGUGAUCCCUGGGCCCCCUCUGAUCCCUCUCAGCCCGGUUGGAGCUGCCCCGGGGGGGGCAGUGGGGAUGAUGGGAGGAAACGGAGGAAGCAUGGGGCCAAUCGGAGGAGUAGUUGGGUCGAACGCAGCCCCUGCCAGACCACCCAGUGGACUGAAGCAGAACGGAAGCACAAGUUACAGUGCUGUGGUGGCAGAGAGCACAGCAGAGUCCGCCUUCAGCACACCCAGCCAAUCACAGAGCAGCCAGUCUUCCUCGCUGACCUCCUCAGCCAGUCAGCCUAUGGACAACGGUCCCAGCCUCAUCAGCUCCAUCACCUUGCCCCCCAGCUCUCCGUCCCCCUCGUUUUCUGAUAGUAUCCCCGGUGGAGGGAGUCUCCUCAAUGGACCCCACUCCUACACACAGGCCUCUGAGGGCCUCAAGGCCCCGGAGCCUCUGAGUUCUCUGAAGGCGAUGGCUGAGAGAGCAGCAUUAGGAUCAGGUCUGGAUGGAGAGAUCCCCAACCUGCACCUCACAGACAGAGACAUCUUCUCUGGUUCGUCGGCUGCCCCCGGCACGCCCGCGGCCCCCCAGCCCUCCCUGUCGGAGGUGAGCAUCCCCCCUUCCCUGGGGGUGUGUCCCCUGGGUCCCACUCCGCUCUCCAAGGACCAGGUGUACCAACAGACCAUGCAGGAGUCUGCUUGGACACACAUGCCGCACCCCUCAGACUCCGAGAGGAUCAGGCAAUACCUGAUGAGGAACCCAUGCCCCACCCUGCCAUUCCAUCAUCAGAUGCCCCCCCACCACUCAGACUCUAUAGAGUUCUACCAGAGACUGUCCACAGAGACGCUCUUCUUCAUCUUCUACUACCUGGAGGGCACUAAAGCUCAGUACCUGUCAGCCAAGGCUCUGAAGAAGCAGUCGUGGAGGUUCCACACCAAGUACAUGAUGUGGUUCCAGAGGCACGAAGAACCCAAGACCAUCACUGAUGAGUUUGAACAGGGCACUUACAUCUACUUUGACUAUGAGAAGUGGGGUCAGAGGAAGAAGGAGGGGUUCACCUUUGAGUACAGGUACCUGGAAGACCGAGACCUGCAGUGACAGAGGGAGGAGAAACGUGCUGCUGUUGACAUUCCGAGACUGACCUAACUCCAUGCUGUGGAUAGAGAUUGUGAUGUGUAGUAGAACCCUGCUCCUAAAAUGGAGGAUGUUGUCUGUAUAGGCAGCGUCUAAUGGCACCCUACUCCCCACAGUGUACUACUCUGGCCCAAAGCCCUAGUAGUGGGGAAUAGAACCCCCUACCUAUAAUGGUCUCUGGUCAGAAGUAGUGUACUAGGGGGGAGUAGGGAGUCAUCACAGAUCUGUGCCUGUCUGAACACUCAGUAUGUGGCAUUACAUUAGGAAGCUCCAUGCAUGUUCCCCAUGUUGGUUUUGUUUUUCUUUCUGUUUCAACAACAACAAACUCUGUACUGCCCCCAACUGGAGUAUAGAAGCCUUGGACUAAACAACAACAAACUCUGUACUGCCCCCAACUGGAGUAUAGAAGCCUUGGACUAAACAAGCAAACAUAUAUUUGAUUUGGUUACAUGUGAAAAAAGCCCCAUCUUGCUUGAAUUGACUGUAAUUAGUGGUUUAGAAUGGAGACAUACAGUUGUCUAGCUAGCCAGCAGACAGGGCUCCUUUUAAGAUGUUAUGAUGCCUGUUGAUUAAGUUCACUAUUAGAGAUAGUGAGUGAUUAUCAAUAGUUUUAUUGAUGUUGUCUUGGUCGAUAAAACGCUCUGAUUGAGAAUGACCACAUGGCCUCUUCCUUUUGAUGGGGAUAGAGAGGCAUUAUUGGACAUUGGAUUAAAUUGCUAUGCAAUUGAACUGGUCUCUGCCUCCCUCUCUCUUUACAAAUAAAAUAUUUUAAAGUGUAACUGUGAAAGGAAACACAUCGUCAUUGGGGCAUUAUGUUUGUGAGAUUAGCUAAUAAAGGAUUUGUACCUGAAAGAAGCA